AGUUCUUAAAUGUAUAACUCAUCAUCCAGCAAGUUAAUACUAAACAAUUUUGCACUUAAACGCCACUGAACAUUCAUCUUGAGCACCAGCUGCUUCUUUUGCUCCGGUGACAAUGGCUAUGGCCGGUUGGUCCCCUGAGCUCGCCAUGGAUGCGUACCUGCACACCCUGCAACUGUGCAAGCAGCAGGAGGAGCAUGCUGACGAUGCCAGUGACAGCAGCAGCAGCAGCAGCGUGGUAAUGGAGCCCAGGAGCAUGGAGUACAUCGCCGCGCUGGCCGCCGGCAGCCAGGCGCGCCUCCUCCUCGACGUCGCCCCUGCCGCCGCGUCCCCGGCCACGGCCGUCGCGCUCGCCGUCGCCGCCGCGCGGACGGGCGGCCGCGUGGCCUGCGUCCGUGACGACCCGCGGAGCCUCGACGGCGUCAGGCGCCACCUCCACCGCCACGGCCUGGCGGCCUCGGCGGACUUCCACCUCGCCCGGCCGUCGGCGACGGAGGCCGCCGUCGUCCGGCAGCUACGCUGCGUCGACUUCGCCGUCGUCGACGCCAGCUUGGAGCGCUGCGGCGGCGUGCUCGGCGCCGUCGAUGUGAACCCCAGGGGAGCCAUCGUCGUGGUCACCAACGUGUUCCAAGAAGAGACGACGACGAGGAGGAGCUCCGGUAGGGUUUGCAGCUACGGGCAGGUGGUCGGGAAGAAGGGGAGGGCCACGGUGUUGCCGAUAGGGCGGCAUGGCAUAGAGGUGACCAGGGUAGGAGGAGGCUCGAGUGGGGCCCACUUGCAGCCACACAAGAAGGUUGUGAGCACACCCAAGAGGACUUUCUUGGUGUGUGAUGAUGGAUCACCAUCAUGACAGAUUACAAUUAGCUGCUCUCAUCUCUAGUUUAACCUUUUAUCCCCUUCUCCUGUGUCUUUUCUUGGGAGGAAUUUGCAUGGUAGCCAAAAUUGUAAACUUGUAUAAAUUGAAAAGGAAUGGAUCAUGCCCUAGUGUAACAGAUAAAUUGGUAAAUCAA